AUGACGCUGACACGGCCACGUCAGCAGCGGCUCAGUGGGGGGAAGGGGGAGGCGGGGGGGAUUGUGAGUGAGUUUGAGUGGGGAGGGGGGGAGAGAGAGGAGGUGACUGUAGAAGAAGUGACUGAAGGGAGAGUGGGAGGGCGGGAGGAAGAGGGGAAGGGAGAGAGAGGGGAGGGGAAGAGAGUGGAGAGAGGGGAGGUAGAGAGGGAGGAGGGGACGGGAGAGGAGAGGAGGAAGAACGAGACCGAGGAGAGGCAAGAGAAGGAGGAGAGGGAGGAGGAGGAGAGAUUGCUGGUGAGGCUCACUGGGAGUGGAGAAGAGGAGGGGGAGGGCGAGAAGCAAGAAUGCACAGCAGCGGAGGAAGCAAGGGAAGCGAGGGAAGCAAGGUCACCACCCACAAUCUGCACAAGAGAGCCCUUGGUCUCGUUCCCAGAGAGUGGGGAAGAGAUGGGUGCGGGAGAGAGAAUGGGGAGCAGUGGUAAGGAGGAGAGCAAUGAGCAGCAGAGCAUGCGAGAGGAGGGUGUGGAAGCAGGGGGGCAGUGGGAGAAGAAGAGUCAAGAGGAGAGCAGUCCGGAGGACGGGAGUUUAGAGGAGGGGAAUCAGCAGGAGGAGUGUGGGGAUUGGCCGACAGACGGCGCGUGUGAGCAGCAGGAGAGCAGUGGAGAGGGAAGGAGUGAGCAGGAGGGCAAUCAGGGUUGGUUGCAAGGCGGAGGUUUCCAGUGCUGGUGCUUGAACUUCAGGGGGCGAGUGACAGUGGCUUCAGUGAAGAACUUCCAGCUGAUCGAGGGGGGCGGGCCGGGGAACGACUCUGACAAGCCGUGUUGGUGCCUCAACUUCCGUGGCCGCGUGACAGUAGCAUCAGUGAAGAAUUUUCAGCUGAUAGAGGGGGGCGGGCCGGGGAACGACUCGGACAAGCCGGUGCUGCUGCAGUUCGGGAAGAUUGACAAGGACGCUUUUACUAUGGACUACAGAUAUCCACUCACGGCCUUCCAGAUUGGCAAGGACACGUUCACCAUGGACUACAGAUACCCGCUUACUGCCUUCCAGCUCAUAGAGAGGAGCGGACCGGGGAACGACUCUGAUAAGCCAGUGCUGCUGCAGUGUGGGAAGAUUGGCAAGGACACUUUCACCAUGGAUAACAGAUACCCGCUUACUGACUCCAGGUGGGUAGUGAAGUGCUGUUUCAUGUGGUUAAAAAUCGGUGCUCUGCCAGUGCUGCUGCUGCAGUUUGGCAAGAUCGGCAAGGACACAUUCACCAUGGACUACAGAUACCCGCUCACGGCCUUCCAGGUGGGUAGUGCUGCGUGUUCAGGUGGUACUGGUGGUGCUGCUGUUGCUGGUGGUGCUGCUGCUGGUGGUGCUAGUUCAAAUGAGGCAACUGGGCAAGGCAAGAAGGGCGGUAAGGGGAAGAAGGGGCAGCAGGAGCAGCAGCACGUGAAGGAGCAGGAGAGUGACAGAAGGAGAGGUGCUUAUAAGGAGGGCAUGGCGAGGCUUCAGCAUGAUUCCCCACUGAUGGAAGCUAUGAGGGAGAUAGAGGAGGAGGUGGGGGGGAGGAGCGGGGGGGGCGGGAACAGAAGGACCCGCGACCGCUGCGUGGAGUGCUUCAUUCGCCGCUCGCGCAAGACCGGCACGUUCACGCUGUUUCUGGGCGUGCCGCCGAAUUCGACGGAGAACGGCAAGUUCCUGCUCGCGGCGCGCAAGUGCGGCUGGCGGCCGUCAAGCCCGCGUUUUCUCUCGGCGCGGCGUCGCUGGCGCACGGCGGAAGCAGCAGCAGCAGCCGCAAGGUGCAUCCCCGCGGAGCCGCUUUUUCCGCCAACGGUUACCACCACUGUAACCACUGUAGCAAUCGGUGUGGUAACCACCAUUGUGGUUACAACUGUGGCAGCAGCAGCACGGGCAGCAGAGGGGCCGGCACCCCUGUCGCGUGUAACGGUAACUUGGGCAGCUUUAACGGUUCCAGCUGUAGCGGCGCCAGCUGUAGCAGGGGUAGCGACGGGACAGGAUUACUCGGCGCAGGUAUUACCAGCAGUAGUGGCAGCGGCAGCGCCAUUGGUGGUCGGGGCGAUUGUAACGGCGCAAAUGACGCUGACACGGCCACGUCAGCAGCGGCUCAGUGGGGGGAAGGGGGAGGCGGGGGGGAUUGUGAGUGAGUUUGAGUGGGGAGGGGGGGAGAGAGAGGAGGUGACUGUAGAAGAAGUGACUGAAGGGAGAGUGGGAGGGCGGGAGGAAGAGGGGAAGGGAGAGAGAGGGGAGGGGAAGAGAGUGGAGAGAGGGGAGGUAGAGAGGGAGGAGGGGACGGGAGAGGAGAGGAGGAAGAACGAGACCGAGGAGAGGCAAGAGAAGGAGGAGAGGGAGGAGGAGGAGAGAUUGCUGGUGAGGCUCACUGGGAGUGGAGAAGAGGAGGGGGAGGGCGAGAAGCAAGAAUGCACAGCAGCGGAGGAAGCAAGGGAAGCGAGGGAAGCAAGGUCACCACCCACAAUCUGCACAAGAGAGCCCUUGGUCUCGUUCCCAGAGAGUGGGGAAGAGAUGGGUGCGGGAGAGAGAAUGGGGAGCAGUGGUAAGGAGGAGAGCAAUGAGCAGCAGAGCAUGCGAGAGGAGGGUGUGGAAGCAGGGGGGCAGUGGGAGAAGAAGAGUCAAGAGGAGAGCAGUCCGGAGGACGGGAGUUUAGAGGAGGGGAAUCAGCAGGAGGAGUGUGGGGAUUGGCCGACAGACGGCGCGUGUGAGCAGCAGGAGAGCAGUGGAGAGGGAAGGAGUGAGCAGGAGGGCAAUCAGGGUUGGUUGCAAGGCGGAGGUUUCCAGUGCUGGUGCUUGAACUUCAGGGGGCGAGUGACAGUGGCUUCAGUGAAGAACUUCCAGCUGAUCGAGGGGGGCGGGCCGGGGAACGACUCUGACAAGCCGUGUUGGUGCCUCAACUUCCGUGGCCGCGUGACAGUAGCAUCAGUGAAGAAUUUUCAGCUGAUAGAGGGGGGCGGGCCGGGGAACGACUCGGACAAGCCGGUGCUGCUGCAGUUCGGGAAGAUUGACAAGGACGCUUUUACUAUGGACUACAGAUAUCCACUCACGGCCUUCCAGAUUGGCAAGGACACGUUCACCAUGGACUACAGAUACCCGCUUACUGCCUUCCAGCUCAUAGAGAGGAGCGGACCGGGGAACGACUCUGAUAAGCCAGUGCUGCUGCAGUGUGGGAAGAUUGGCAAGGACACUUUCACCAUGGAUAACAGAUACCCGCUUACUGACUCCAGGUGGGUAGUGAAGUGCUGUUUCAUGUGGUUAAAAAUCGGUGCUCUGCCAGUGCUGCUGCUGCAGUUUGGCAAGAUCGGCAAGGACACAUUCACCAUGGACUACAGAUACCCGCUCACGGCCUUCCAGGUGGGUAGUGCUGCGUGUUCAGGUGGUACUGGUGGUGCUGCUGUUGCUGGUGGUGCUGCUGCUGGUGGUGCUAGUUCAAAUGAGGCAACUGGGCAAGGCAAGAAGGGCGGUAAGGGGAAGAAGGGGCAGCAGGAGCAGCAGCACGUGAAGGAGCAGGAGAGUGACAGAAGGAGAGGUGCUUAUAAGGAGGGCAUGGCGAGGCUUCAGCAUGAUUCCCCACUGAUGGAAGCUAUGAGGGAGAUAGAGGAGGAGGUGGGGGGGAGGAGCGGGGGGGGCGGGAACAGAAGGACCCGCGACCGCUGCGUGGAGUGCUUCAUUCGCCGCUCGCGCAAGACCGGCACGUUCACGCUGUUUCUGGGCGUGCCGCCGAAUUCGACGGAGAACGGCAAGUUCCUGCUCGCGGCGCGCAAGUGCGGCUGGCGGCCGUCAAGCCCGCGUUUUCUCUCGGCGCGGCGUCGCUGGCGCACGGCGGAAGCAGCAGCAGCAGCCGCAAGGUGCAUCCCCGCGGAGCCGCUUUUUCCGCCAACGGUUACCACCACUGUAACCACUGUAGCAAUCGGUGUGGUAACCACCAUUGUGGUUACAACUGUGGCAGCAGCAGCACGGGCAGCAGAGGGGCCGGCACCCCUGUCGCGUGUAACGGUAACUUGGGCAGCUUUAACGGUUCCAGCUGUAGCGGCGCCAGCUGUAGCAGGGGUAGCGACGGGACAGGAUUACUCGGCGCAGGUAUUACCAGCAGUAGUGGCAGCGGCAGCGCCAUUGGUGGUCGGGGCGAUUGUAACGGCGCAAAUGACGCUGACACGGCCACGUCAGCAGCGGCUCAGUGGGGGGAAGGGGGAGGCGGGGGGGAUUGUGAGUGAGUUUGAGUGGGGAGGGGGGGAGAGAGAGGAGGUGACUGUAGAAGAAGUGACUGAAGGGAGAGUGGGAGGGCGGGAGGAAGAGGGGAAGGGAGAGAGAGGGGAGGGGAAGAGAGUGGAGAGAGGGGAGGUAGAGAGGGAGGAGGGGACGGGAGAGGAGAGGAGGAAGAACGAGACCGAGGAGAGGCAAGAGAAGGAGGAGAGGGAGGAGGAGGAGAGAUUGCUGGUGAGGCUCACUGGGAGUGGAGAAGAGGAGGGGGAGGGCGAGAAGCAAGAAUGCACAGCAGCGGAGGAAGCAAGGGAAGCGAGGGAAGCAAGGUCACCACCCACAAUCUGCACAAGAGAGCCCUUGGUCUCGUUCCCAGAGAGUGGGGAAGAGAUGGGUGCGGGAGAGAGAAUGGGGAGCAGUGGUAAGGAGGAGAGCAAUGAGCAGCAGAGCAUGCGAGAGGAGGGUGUGGAAGCAGGGGGGCAGUGGGAGAAGAAGAGUCAAGAGGAGAGCAGUCCGGAGGACGGGAGUUUAGAGGAGGGGAAUCAGCAGGAGGAGUGUGGGGAUUGGCCGACAGACGGCGCGUGUGAGCAGCAGGAGAGCAGUGGAGAGGGAAGGAGUGAGCAGGAGGGCAAUCAGGGUUGGUUGCAAGGCGGAGGUUUCCAGUGCUGGUGCUUGAACUUCAGGGGGCGAGUGACAGUGGCUUCAGUGAAGAACUUCCAGCUGAUCGAGGGGGGCGGGCCGGGGAACGACUCUGACAAGCCGUGUUGGUGCCUCAACUUCCGUGGCCGCGUGACAGUAGCAUCAGUGAAGAAUUUUCAGCUGAUAGAGGGGGGCGGGCCGGGGAACGACUCGGACAAGCCGGUGCUGCUGCAGUUCGGGAAGAUUGACAAGGACGCUUUUACUAUGGACUACAGAUAUCCACUCACGGCCUUCCAGAUUGGCAAGGACACGUUCACCAUGGACUACAGAUACCCGCUUACUGCCUUCCAGCUCAUAGAGAGGAGCGGACCGGGGAACGACUCUGAUAAGCCAGUGCUGCUGCAGUGUGGGAAGAUUGGCAAGGACACUUUCACCAUGGAUAACAGAUACCCGCUUACUGACUCCAGGUGGGUAGUGAAGUGCUGUUUCAUGUGGUUAAAAAUCGGUGCUCUGCCAGUGCUGCUGCUGCAGUUUGGCAAGAUCGGCAAGGACACAUUCACCAUGGACUACAGAUACCCGCUCACGGCCUUCCAGGUGGGUAGUGCUGCGUGUUCAGGUGGUACUGGUGGUGCUGCUGUUGCUGGUGGUGCUGCUGCUGGUGGUGCUAGUUCAAAUGAGGCAACUGGGCAAGGCAAGAAGGGCGGUAAGGGGAAGAAGGGGCAGCAGGAGCAGCAGCACGUGAAGGAGCAGGAGAGUGACAGAAGGAGAGGUGCUUAUAAGGAGGGCAUGGCGAGGCUUCAGCAUGAUUCCCCACUGAUGGAAGCUAUGAGGGAGAUAGAGGAGGAGGUGGGGGGGAGGAGCGGGGGGGGCGGGAACAGAAGGACCCGCGACCGCUGCGUGGAGUGCUUCAUUCGCCGCUCGCGCAAGACCGGCACGUUCACGCUGUUUCUGGGCGUGCCGCCGAAUUCGACGGAGAACGGCAAGGUUCCUGCUCGCGGCGCGCAAGUGCGGCUGGCGGCCGUCAAGCCCGCGUUUUCUCUCGGCGCGGCGUCGCUGGCGCACGGCGGAAGCAGCAGCAGCAGCCGCAAGGUGCAUCCCCGCGGAGCCGCUUUUUCCGCCAACGGUUACCACCACUGUAACCACUGUAGCAAUCGGUGUGGUAACCACCAUUGUGGUUACAACUGUGGCAGCAGCAGCACGGGCAGCAGAGGGGCCGGCACCCCUGUCGCGUGUAACGGUAACUUGGGCAGCUUUAACGGUUCCAGCUGUAGCGGCGCCAGCUGUAGCAGGGGUAGCGACGGGACAGGAUUACUCGGCGCAGGUAUUACCAGCAGUAGUGGCAGCGGCAGCGCCAUUGGUGGUCGGGGCGAUUGUAACGGCGCAAAUGACGCUGACACGGCCACGUCAGCAGCGGUAUCGUCAAGCCUCCGCGCACAUUCCCCGCUUCCGCCUUCCCCCCUUGCUCGAAGCUUCCCUCUUCCGCGCUGUCUUCCGCCUCUCCCGCCUGCCCGUUCUUGCGCAUACAGGCUCAGUGGGGGGAAGGGGGAGGCGGGGGGGAUUGUGAGUGAGUUUGAGUGGGGAGGGGGGGAGAGAGAGGAGGUGACUGUAGAAGAAGUGACUGAAGGGAGAGUGGGAGGGCGGGAGGAAGAGGGGAAGGGAGAGAGAGGGGAGGGGAAGAGAGUGGAGAGAGGGGAGGUAGAGAGGGAGGAGGGGACGGGAGAGGAGAGGAGGAAGAACGAGACCGAGGAGAGGCAAGAGAAGGAGGAGAGGGAGGAGGAGGAGAGAUUGCUGGUGAGGCUCACUGGGAGUGGAGAAGAGGAGGGGGAGGGCGAGAAGCAAGAAUGCACAGCAGCGGAGGAAGCAAGGGAAGCGAGGGAAGCAAGGUCACCACCCACAAUCUGCACAAGAGAGCCCUUGGUCUCGUUCCCAGAGAGUGGGGAAGAGAUGGGUGCGGGAGAGAGAAUGGGGAGCAGUGGUAAGGAGGAGAGCAAUGAGCAGCAGAGCAUGCGAGAGGAGGGUGUGGAAGCAGGGGGGCAGUGGGAGAAGAAGAGUCAAGAGGAGAGCAGUCCGGAGGACGGGAGUUUAGAGGAGGGGAAUCAGCAGGAGGAGUGUGGGGAUUGGCCGACAGACGGCGCGUGUGAGCAGCAGGAGAGCAGUGGAGAGGGAAGGAGUGAGCAGGAGGGCAAUCAGGGUUGGUUGCAAGGCGGAGGUUUCCAGUGCUGGUGCUUGAACUUCAGGGGACGAGUGACAGUGGCUUCAGUGAAGAACUUCCAGCUGAUCGAGGGGGGCGGGCCGGGGAACGACUCUGACAAGCCGUGUUGGUGCCUCAACUUCCGUGGCCGCGUGACAGUAGCAUCAGUGAAGAAUUUUCAGCUGAUAGAGGGGGGCGGGCCGGGGAACGACUCGGACAAGCCGGUGCUGCUGCAGUUCGGGAAGAUUGACAAGGACGCUUUUACUAUGGACUACAGAUAUCCACUCACGGCCUUCCAGAUUGGCAAGGACACGUUCACCAUGGACUACAGAUACCCGCUUACUGCCUUCCAGCUCAUAGAGAGGAGCGGACCGGGGAACGACUCUGAUAAGCCAGUGCUGCUGCAGUGUGGGAAGAUUGGCAAGGACACUUUCACCAUGGAUAACAGAUACCCGCUUACUGACUCCAGGUGGGUAGUGAAGUGCUGUUUCAUGUGGUUAAAAAUCGGUGCUCUGCCAGUGCUGCUGCUGCAGUUUGGCAAGAUCGGCAAGGACACAUUCACCAUGGACUACAGAUACCCGCUCACGGCCUUCCAGGUGGGUAGUGCUGCGUGUUCAGGGUGA